UUUGCCUCCCUUUGCCUCUAUGACAGCUCAAAUUAAAGUGAUCUCAUAAUCAAACCAUCUUUCCCUUCCUCUCAAAAAGCUCUAAGAAAACUUUUGUUGCAAGUCUCUCUCUCUCUCUCUCUCUAACAACCUUCAUAAUGAAAGAGAAACACUGAGGCUUCUCUCAAUUGUAUUCUUGAUUUUCUCCAAGAAAAACAUUUGAGAGUGAUAUAGAGAUAGAGUUUUAAUCAUUUUGUCACUUUAAUUUAAGCACACGUGUAGCUAGCCAGGCAUAUGGCUAAUGCUAAUGCUAAUGCUAGAACAACAGCAGCAGGUGCAGCAGCUCCAGCAGCAUCAACAUCAAAGUUCAUCAAAUGUGUGACAGUUGGAGAUGGUGCUGUUGGAAAGACAUGCCUUCUCAUCUCCUACACUAGCAACACUUUCCCUACUGAUUAUGUUCCAACUGUUUUUGACAACUUCAGUGCCAACGUUUUGCUUGAUGGGCAGACUGUAAAUUUGGGUCUCUGGGAUACUGCUGGUCAAGAAGAUUACAACAGAUUGAGGCCUCUUAGUUACAGAGGAGCUGAUGUGUUCCUUCUUGCCUUUUCCCUCAUAAGUAGGCCUAGCUAUGAGAACAUAUCAAAGAAAAAGUGGAUCCCUGAGCUAAGACAUUAUGCCCCAUCAGUGCCUAUCAUUCUUGUAGGGACGAAAUUAGAUCUGAGGGAAGACAAACAAUUCCUAAUGGAUUACCCCGGGGCAGGUACCAUCUCUACACAACAGGGUGAAGAUUUGAAGAAGCGGAUAGGUGCUGUAUCGUAUAUAGAGUGCAGCUCAAAGAAACAGCAUAAUGUGAAGACUGUUUUUGACGCAGCUAUCAAGUUGGCUCUCUAUCCUCCAAAGUCCGAGAAGCAAAAGAGGAAAUUGAGCAUCUGCAGCGUUCUUUAACCUCUCUCUCUCUCUCUCUCUCUCUCUCUCUCUCAUUUAUACACUUUGUCCAUUCUUUCCAUCCCUCGUUCUCUUUCUGGGUGCUUCCUUCUCUUUCCAGAGAGAAAGUGUGCAAUAUUGUUGUGUUGUUUACUUAAUUGUAAGGUUAUUGUUUACUCUUUUCUGAGAGAAAAAGUGUGCAAUAUUUGUUGUGUUGUUUACUUAAGUGUGUGUAAUAUGUGAUCAAAUUAUGUAUAUUAGACGCGUCAGUAUUAAUUUUUAGAUGGCCUGCAUGGAGUGGUUCUCACUUA